UGCGUGCACGACGACUCUUGUCACGCCUUCGUAACUGCUCCGUGCACCUUGCUCCUGCAAAUAAUCUACCACCCGAAAUCCUAUCCUACAUAUUUGUUCUUGGCGUUGAACAUGCGAAACGCGACCUGGAUAUGGUGGAGUCUAGCUCUACGGAAGGGAAUUACUUCGAAGGAAUCCCAUUUAAUCUCCUCGUAUCGCAAGUGUGCAGACGAUGGAGGACAAUUGCUAUCAGUACGGCCACUUUGUGGACAGAAAUUUCCCUUUUCUGAGAAACCACCUCACAACCUAACGCGACUCUUUCUUGCACGAUCCAAAGGAGCUAUUCUGGACGUUACGCUUUCUCUGCCCGACAUCGACAGCCUGAAGACUGAGGCACGCAUAAAAGAGAGAAUUGAUGUUCUCUGCGAGCAUCUUUCAAGGGUUGAUUCUCUUACGAUCAAUGCAGCUCGACGCACACCACUUGAUCACCUCCUUACGACAUUUUUGGAGAAGUGCGAGCCACAAUGGAAUGCUUGUGGUCAGACUCAAACAACUUUGCGGAAGCUCAGGUUGUCAGGCGACUUGCAUGCUUUAACGCUAAACGUAUCUCAGGACCGCCUUUCCUUCGUUCUUCAGAUGCUACGAGGCGUAGAGGAUGUUGUAUUGGAGGGAACAUUACUGCCGUGGCACAGUCCCGCGUUCGAAGGACUGAAGCGGCUGCGCCUGGUGAGGUUGCGCACCAAGGCGUUCCCAUUUGAGCGUGAAUUUAUCUCCAUUAUCCGGAAUUGUCCUUUAUUGGAAAGCUUGAAACUCGAAGAGGCGAACUUUAGAUUCGGAAAUUGGUCCGACAUCGCUGACAUGCGGCGCGAAACGCACCCAGUCAACCUUAAUCGACUCGAGUCGUUGCAUCUUUCUAUGCUGCCAUGGAAUGAGAUGGAAUUCAUUCUCCAUCUCCUUAAUGCUCCAAACCUGAAAAGCCUGCGGGUAAUUAUGCCCACAGAGAAUUUGGAUCUAGAUGAUGAUGAUACGUAUUUCGACGACUACAGCGGACACGAGAUUGAAGGUCUAUUCCGAGAUGAACAUGUGCUGAAAAGCGUUGCGGCAUUCAUCAGCCGUUCCCAAGUAGACACUUUUGAGAAAUCUUUGCGCACCCUACACAUCGGAUCCUUUGAUACAGAUGAUGAGAGUACGAGCCCGCAGUUAGUAGAAGUAUUAAAAGUGGUCCCUAAUCUCCACACUCUUAAACUUAAUGAUGUUGCAAUGAGGGUUGGUGUUCUGUCAUCUCUUUCCGCCAUUGCACAGACAUCCGGUGCGCCAAGCUCCCCAUCGGAGCACCAUUCCGUAUUCAGUACCGUCAGCAUCCCGUCCAUCCCUAUCUAUCCUCCACUAACGUUGUUUGCACAGUGUACGAUGAAUGUCGACAAUGGUGGCUCCACGUCUUACCAGGUCCAGGUCCCCAAUUCCAGUCUGCGCGCGAAGAUCGUCCCGCUUUGUCCAUCACUUCGGGUUCUCAAGCUUUCGAACAUUGAUGCCAUUACUCGAGAAGCUUUGGGUGAAUGUAAGUCGGUCGCAGCCCACGUUACCCUCUUAAUCUCCAUUUCUACCAGUGUUAAGGAACCGAAAAAACAGGGGGCUACCAUUGACAUUGAAGCUCCACCACAUGGCUUGGAACAACCUCGGGCUUCGAGAGGAGCUCGGACCACUUUGCCAUUCCUUAGACAUACGGUAGAUUUACCAGGUUACUAUCAAGCUGAUCCAUAGUUCUCUUCCUGAGACGCAAUGGAUGGUGCAGAGUUCAUUGCAUUUAAAAUUUCCUAUCAUAUCGCAAAACGCUAUAACGUUUAAACGCCUUAAACGCCAAAAAUAAUUUAUUGAUUUCCGAAAUGGACUUGGGGAGUUUUUGAUACAUCUGAGCGUUUAUUGAACCA